AUGGCAUUCAUCGUUGAAUUGUGGGAGUCUAUAUUUACUCCAGGUACUACCCCUGCAUUGAUAAAAGCCACUCAUGCAUCAUUCAUUCUAUUACUUACAUCGCUAGCUACAUUAAUUUUUUUAACAAGGUCCAUACAUUUCGUUAAUUUACUUGUUAUUGCUGUAUUUUUGUAUGGAACAGUUGUCUGGUUUAUCAAUGAGCUUCAACAGGUCAAAUUGAAAGAUAAUGAAGAGUUGAAUGCCCAAAAGGCCGAAGCAGGGGAAAGUUCUGAGAAAGAGAGCAAGACCGGGGAUACAACUUCGACCUGCAAAUCAAAGACAAUAGAUAUCAAUGAGACAGUUACCCCGAGAAAGAGGAAAGUUUGA